UCCGCCGCGGGGCGGCCUGGGGCCGGUAGUACCGGGGCCAUGUGUGCGGCUGGGCCCGCGGGAGGCGGCGGGCGGGCGGCCCGGCGGCUCGGCAGGGCCGGGGCUGGGGCCGGAGCGAGCCGGGCCCUGAGCUCUGCCAGCGCCCCGAAGCGCAGCAGGAGGGGGAAGAGCGUCGCCAUCGCCUACGAACCUGAGCCCCCGGGGCCAAAAUGGGAGCCCGAGAACUGGCGGCAGCAGCUGGAGCGCAUCCGGGAGAUGAGGAGGGCCAGAGACGCUCCCGUCGAUGAGAUGGGAGUGGAGAAGUGCUAUGACAGCAGCGCUCCUCCGCAGGUCAUGCGCUACCAAGUCCUGCUGUCGCUGAUGCUCUCCAGCCAGACCAAGGACCAGGUGACGUCUGCUGCCAUGCUGCGCCUCAGGCAGCGCGGCCUCACGGUUGACAGCAUUUUGCAGAUGGAUGAUGUGACGCUUGGGCAGAUCAUUUAUCCUGUAGGAUUCUGGAGGAACAAGGUGAAGUACAUAAAGCAGACGACAGCCAUCCUGAAGCAGAAGUACGGGGGCGACAUACCAAGCACUGUGGAGGAGCUGGUGAAGCUGCCAGGAGUGGGGCCCAAAAUGGCCCACUUGGCCAUGAACAUUGCCUGGAACAGUGUGUCUGGGAUAGCUGUGGACACCCACGUGCACAGGAUCACAAACAGGCUGAAGUGGGUGAAGAAGGCGACCAGAUACCCUGAGGAAACUCGGGUAGCGCUGGAGGACUGGCUGCCCAGGGAUCUCUGGAGGGAGAUAAACUGGCUCUUGGUGGGCUUUGGCCAGCAGACCUGCCUGCCCGUGAAUCCUCGCUGCAAAGAAUGCCUCAAUCAAGAUAUUUGCCCAGCUGCUAAGAGACGCUGAGGGAGCAUCCUGGCUUCCUAGAGCAACAGAGCUGCUUCGGCCCAGCAGCAGCCCAGAGCUGAGCCCUAGGACUGCUGUGCUUUGCACAGGGCUGACUGUGUGCCUGCAGGGAAAUGGGAGAAUGCUGCUGCCGCCAGCUAAGCAUCUCUGGAGAGGGAGAAGCUGCUGGCAGUGGCUGAGCUCUCAAGAGGAAAAAGGGUCUUUCAAAGUGCAACAGUCCUGCUGCGUCAGUGCUGCCGGCUCCAGCCCCCGGCUGAAUGCCUGAGUGUGCCGCGGCCGAGCAGCAGGCUGUGCGGUGUCAGGAACAGCUGGAGAGGAGUGCUUUGUGCUGCAGGAUCUGCUGCUGCUUGUAAAUACACAUUUAAUAAAGGUGGUGGGUUGUUUUUUAA